AUGGAGGAUAUCCUGGUCAAUUCAAUUGCUGCAAUUCAGAUAAAUGCUAUAAUGACUAUACCCAGUGUAUCGGAAGUCGCGCUACUGGUUCCUUUUCAAGUUGCUUUGGGUCUAACACCCGGUGUCUCGAUUGGUUUUACCGGGAUCAGUAGUGAGUGUGUUUGGUAUACACUGAGUUUUGGAUACGGUGUAGACGCCUUCGCUCGAUCUGUGGGUUGCGGUACGACUGCGACAAGCUUUACAGUUCAACCUACUGCCAAGAAUGCUCCAGCAACAACAGUCAACUGCGUCCCUUCUGGCUUUGUCGUUGCUCAUUCGACCGAACCAUGCGCAACUCAGGCCGUACUCCUAAUUCCAUUGAUUGUCUCCAACGUGGUUGUUGUAGCCGUGAAUGUCGUAUUGAGUCGUUUGAAAUUCCAGAACAAAGUCAAGUUCUGGGGCGAGCCUUCGACCGUAGAUGACAAGUGGGCACCUUGGUCCGGUUUGACAACCGUUCCUCUUGUUGUUGUCCAAGCUGUCGCAUCUGCAGCUUUAAUCCGCGCUGGAGGGUAUCUCGCAUCCUGGGUGGAUUUGAUUCUUCUCUGGCUUCUCCGUCCGAGAACGCUUUGGUUCAUCAUGUUUUUGUACGGUGCUUUGGGCAACGAAUACCAGCGGAGCGCCACAGACUAUCUGUUUGCCGAUGGCAUUUUGACUUUGCUGGGCAUACACCAGUGUUCCGCAAAAGCUUGGACAUCAUUUGCUGAAACCGAUUUUUGUGUGUCAAAUAUUGGCGCACUAGCCGCAAUCCAUGCAGCGGUACCACUCUUGAAUGGACUAUUCAGAGCUUGGUCGACUUGA